AUGCACUUGCCCACCUCCGCACCCUUGUUCAUUCAGAUGUUAGCUCGCAAAUCGCCGCAUACCACUCUCGCCGCAGCGAGUAUUCGAAAAAAGGACACAAUGUCACAUUUCCGAAGUGGUGAAGUAAAGAUUUUGCUUGCGACGGAAGCAGCGGGUAUGGGUUGUGAUAUACCAAAUAUUGAGCUCGUCGUCCAGUUUAUGGUCCCACGCUCACUGUCGAUCUGGCUCCAGCGUGCGGGCCGUGCGGGUCGUAACCCAACAAUCUCUGCACGCGCUGUUCUUUUGGUGCAGCCAAGCGUCUUCAAGGAGGUGAUGAAGGAUGGGGAAACCAAGUUCCAGAAGACUGUCGAGUCGGGUUUGCGGAGCUGGGUUGAGGCUGAUAAUUGCCGAAGGGACGUUGUCGAUGAAUACUUUGACAGUGGAGUCGAGCGAGCUGCAGCUCCAACAGGUGCAUGCUGCGACAACGGUGACGGGGUGCCUCUGCCAGAGGAUAUCCCUAGCGCCGGCCCUGUCUCAUUGGCUCCUACCCCCGUGGCUGCGCGCUACAAGUACCGUCUACCUGCAGAUCGUCCAGGGGCGCUUAAGCUCAUUACCGACUGGCGCGCGGACGUGAUGCGGAGGCUAUAUUCUCGUCGUCCCUGGGGGUUGUUGGCAUUCCUCCCUGCUGACACCAUCGAACGGUUAGUCAAGCGUACAGGCCUGACGUCGAUCGAAGAGUUAAUUGCAGCAGGCUGGAGCAAAACUCAUGCGAUGAAGCAUGGUGUCGAGGUCAUCACACUGCUCUCUGAGCAUGAUGCACGUUGCAAGCAGGCUCGGGAGGAGACGAGAAAGCGUGAAGCAGAGGUGCAGCGAGAGGAGGCAGCAAAGCGUCGGAAAGUUAUUGAUGAACGCAAGGCUGCAGCCGCAGCCGCCAAAACAAAAACACCACGUCCUAAAUCAGCUCGCAAGUCCCGCGCAAAACAUGCACAGCCUCUGCAGCCGUCUGCAAUACCCAAUCUUUGGAUGUCACCGUCUCCCUCCUCAUCCCCAUACCUUACAUAUCCAGUGAUACCGACUACUCCUCUCACACCAAUCCCUUACUAUCCAGCCUACUGUCCUGCCCCACCCACACCUUCACCACUAUCUUACUACCCACCUUAUUAUUCCACUUCCUUUCAUGAUCCAAAUCCAACUACACCUUUCACUCUACCAUUUAUCAACCCCAAUGAUCCUGACUAUCAAGAAGCAUUAGAUGCAUAUGAACUCCCUGAUCCUCAGUUUAUGAUUGAUCGUAUACGCAUGCACUUUUACAAUACUCAAGACACAAAUAAUUCUUCACUAUAA